AUGUCAAAUGAUGCGCCAGAUCCACAUGAUACGCCAGAUUCGCAUGAUACGCCAAUAGUGAUCAAGAUUUCUCCCGAGGUCUUACUUAAUAAAAACAAGAAAACAGCAAUAGUGAAAGCCACUUGUUCAGCAGUUUGCGGUCUUCUAAACAGCCACUAUGGUGGAAUACUUAAGCUUACGUCAUCAAAAUCCUUGACACCAGCUAUGCUUGACGAACUUGUUCGAGGAAUUGAGCAAACUUUAAUCGAGCACCUUGGUUUGACUGGUCUUCUCGAAUAUUGCCAAACAGAAAUCACAGGGCUCGGUAAGGAAAUUAUCUUUACAGUUAAGCCUAGCGAUCGUGUUUGCACAGUAGAAUACAAUUUGGUCUUGCCAACGGAUUUUCUUGUUAAGCAAGUGCUUAGAACGGAACCGUUAGAAAAGAUUGCACGAGUGCUGAAACCUGGUCGGCCAUUGGUUAACGUUCACCUGCAGAACCAUGUGCUGGAAUUCGUAAAAGAAUCCAUAAUGCCGGAAGACCUGAGGGAGUCGGAUAAGGUUCAAUUUAAGAAGGUCAAAUCAGAUAAGAAUAAAAACAAAUCUAUAGCAGACCGUAUAAUUGCUAAUAAAAUAGCGCAUUACAUCGCAGCAUUCGCAAACCAUUUGGGAGGGCACGUCUAUAUUGGCAUCGACGACGAGACCUACAAGGUUUGCGGUCAAAUAGUUGUCGAAGAGGAAAAACAAAGAAUCGUUGAGAAGAUUGGAUCUGCAGUAGCAAACAUGGUUUGGCCAGAGGAACACGGCAAACCAGAGCUUGGCAAACACUGGGAUAUCUCCUUUGUUCCCGUGCUGGAUUCCAAUAAGGAAGCCAUUCCCAGCUUGUUUGUCAUCGUGGUCGCGAUAGCCUGUUGUCCUGGAGGUGUAUUCCUUAGCCAUCCCGAGGCAUACGAGAUAAACGACGGAGAGGUGGUACGUAUGGAAUUCAAGCGAUGGAAGAAAAGGUUGUUGCACGAUGCGCACAUGCGAGAUAUCGUAACAUUUUGCAGAGAAAACUCUUGGAAGAAAGUCGGCAUAUGUCGGGUUGCAGAGGGUGAACAGAGCGAUUCGGGAUUACCCAAACAGGACUGUAUUUCUGCUGCAUGCAAUUCUGGAAGUAGUUCCAUUCCAUUCGCAAUCCCCAAAGUUUCACCUCGAAAUACCAAAUGCAGGGCUUUUUGUCGGAGGAUAACGGACUACAUGGAACAGCUUAUACAAGAUGGAGACUUUGAUAAACUUCAAACCUUUGCUUCAAAAAUGUGCCUAAAGAAUAAGGUAUUUCCCGAAGCAGACAUCGAAGUAGCUGUUCAUUUCAUGCUUGCCUUAGGAGCAUAUCGUAGACGUGAAUUUGUAGAAGCAUACGAUAAAUUGGACAAAGCAAGUUCUUUAAUCACUGCGACGGGAAACGCAGGAGAGUUUGAGGUACAAAGACUUCACCUCCUUGCAUGCUUUCGCAGAGGUGAAGGCGAAUAUGAUACGAGCUACGAGGUAACUUAUGGUGGAUUGCAAGAAAUUGAAGGAAUGUCACCUGGGUGGCACACUGCUUGGGUUUUGAACGACGCGGGUUAUCUGUUUAGCAUCUUGGCAGGUGAGGAAAGAAAUGAAGAUGUUCGCAAGUCUCUUGAACAACAAGCAAUUUCAUUGUAUACCAAGGCUAUUGACCACACCUCAACGAUUAGGGAAAAGCUAAAUGAAUCUGACCAAGGUUCAGUCCUGAAGUCAAAUCUUCUUCAUCGCUGUCACCUCAGACGGGCAAUGCUCUCCCUCGGUUGCAAGCCUUUGGCAGAGGAAGACGAUGGCAAUCUAAAGGUUACAAAUGAAGAGAUCGGAGUCGCGAUAUCGAGUAUACUCGUGGUUGAAGAGAGCAGUCUAAAGGGCGAUUCCCUUACAGACGUCAACGAGUGUUAUUUGUAUUUGGUGAAGUCUGACUUGAAUUAUCGUCGAUCGCAGUUCAGUGAUGAUCACUGUGAGAAGUAUACCAAAACGGCCAGAGACUGGGCCACAAAAGCACGUGACUUAGCAGCCAAAGAUCAGUUUUGUGGAAUAUUCAAAUACGCGCAAAGUCGAAUUGAUCUUCUCACGAAGGCACAUUGUCGCAGCAGUGUUGAGGAGAAACUAUUCGCUGAUCUGGACGACUACAAAAAAUGUCAGCCGUAG